AGGGGUUUCUUCUUUGUGUGCAUGACAUCGAAGACCUGUUCGCGACUUUGAUAAAAUCGCAUUGGUAUCGGUGCGAUGUCAACGUCGGACGAUGGGCCAGUCCGCCGAUCAAGACGGAAUCAUGACAGCUUCCAGCAAAUCAUGGAACGUGUUAAACCAACUCGGAAGCCGACUAAAACAUACAGCCCGCGAGGCCGUCGUCCCAAGGCAUCGCCGUCCGCUCUCACAUCCGAAGGUGACGCAGUGCAUCAAACGUGUUCUGAAAGUAGCAUUAACCUGAGUUCAAAACGAGUGCAACUACCUGAGCGAAUAGAGGACGCACCGGACGUCGUCCAGGUGAACGGGUGGAUUUUGGAACCUCUUUUGGGUACCUCAAGCCGUUCGAGUCCGACCUCUGUUGACUCACUGCACUCUGCUGAGGAUGUGUUUGUAUGCGAUACAACCGAUGUGAAGUCCGCGAGUGACACCGUGAUCCAUAAUAGCAAUUCGCCCGUUGUUGAAAGUCAGUGUGCCGAUAGUGAUGCUGUGCCCGAGGCUGUUGUAGAAGAGUCUAUUGAGCAUUCUCCUGAGAAGUCCGCCGAAUCUGAUUCCGAAGUGAUCAUUGAUGGAACUGUCGAAUGUCCGGAAUAUUACAGCGAAGACCACAACGAGUCUGUCCCGGAUGCGUGCGUCGAAGAAACAAUCGGCUCUUCGGAAAGUGAAGAUGAUUCGCCGGUAAACGAGCUUCCUCUUGAAGAUUCCACCGCGUCUAGUAAUAUUGAAGAACACGCCUCAUCUGACGAUGAAGACAAAAGUGGUUCUUCUUCUGACUCAUCUGAGUCGGCCGAGGAUUCCCAAUCAGACCACGAAUUUCCCUUCGAUGAUCCGCAACCAACACCAAAGACGCAAAUCCGAUCAUCUCUUAUAUCUAAGAUCAUUGUUUCUAGCAGCCAGUCGAGUCCACCGCCGAAAAUUUUCGGGGAUCGUGAAACUUCAAGGAUUAUCGUUCGUCUUGGUGAACCUCCUGACAACUUGGAAUUCUCCGACACAGCGAUAGCCACGAACAAUGAGGAUUCGACGCAGAAUGCAUCGGCCUCUUCCAAAGACCAAAGUGAAGAGUCUUCAAAUUCCGAAACCGUCGAACCGAUGAAAGACGAAGAACCAGUCAGUGCCGCAAGCGAAAAACCUUUUCCGAGUUUAGAUACGAAAGAAAACUCGCACAUUACCCAUGCUGAAAAGGUGCCCAAGGCUGAGAUUAGAAAAGUCGUCGAAAAUUCAUCGAAGAGUGUGAAACAGAAAGAAAAAGAAGCUCCGCAGAUCGAAGAAGUUCACGUGGACUCGGACACAGCUGCUGCUGGUCACGAUUCCGACACGGAUGGCUCCUCCGAAUCCUUGAUUCUUCCCAAGAAAUCAGUGGAACCCUCGGGUUACAAAGAGAAGCACCAUAAGAGGAAGCAGUCCCACAAGGAAAAGCGGAAACACAGUCACCACGAUAAACAUCGUCGCGGUCAUUCCGAAAAAAUCAAGUCCGACAAAGAUAAAACCAAGGAGAAGGAAAAAGAGAAACCCAAGCCUCCCAAAACUGAGGCAGCCCCUAAAGAGAAACCCAAACCUCCUCCUCCUGCUCCUGCUCCUGUUCCUGUGCCUCCCAAGAAGAUAGAGUCUAUGAAGAAGGAAACACUGGCGAAGAAACUACCGAAGCCACAAAAAGGGAGCUUGUCAUCAAAGGUGAAAUCGCAGCUACAGUUCAAUCAAACAUCUUCAGGCAUCACUGACCUUGUCGGGGCUAUUCUAAACCUCGACACGCCGAUCUCACAGCCGAAACAACCUCCACCACCUAAAAUCGAGAAACCCUUUACUCCUCCUCCAAAGCCCGAUAAAUUACCGUUUUUAAUCAAGUACGAAGAACCGGUUCCUUCGGAAAAGCCACCACCUGCACCACAAAUGAUGGAACCUUUCCUGAGUGUUCCACCCGAGCCACCACCCGAGAUUCCCAAGUUCGACGCAUCAGUGCCUCCGCCGGAUUUCCCGAAAGUGAGUCCAUUUGUGCCUUCGUUGUCGACGGACGACCUGAAGGCCAUCUUGGCGAAAACGGUGAAAAGUGAUCCGAAACCCGUGGUGAAUUCGUUUUGGGAAGCGGCGCCGGCGCCAGUCAAUCCCUUGCCGACGCGGAACAGUUUACCGGACGUCAUAAGUAGAGUCGCCGCUGAGAAUUCCGACUCGGAUGAGGACGAUGUGGCGGCGAUUCCGGAGCCGCCCCUGCCGCCGAAACCUGCUUCAGUUGCUCUCACGUCGAAUCCACCAGUGAUCCCUUCCAACAUUUUCGACGUCCUGGCGUCCAUAAAAUCCGUCAUCGUUCCCCGCGAAACACCGAAAGUGGACGACAAAAAGGACGAAGAUGAGGAAGAAGAGGAAGAGGACCAAGAAAUGGAUAAUGAAUCGUUACCCGAAGAACAAGCAGUGAAGCCAUCUCGAGAGCCUGAUAAGAAAGAUGUGAUGGAAGCUGAGGAGAUUGUUUCGCGGUCGCCGGCUGUUGCGCAGGAGGAAUUCUGGGCUGGAGAAGCUGUUGACGUGACGGUGGAUGUGCCUAAUUUUUCUUUGAUUGAAACUAAUGCUUACCUCACUGAGAAGAAACGGAGCAAAGAGGGGAAGAUACUCUGUGAUUGUACGCUGACUGUUGAGGAGCUUCAAGACGGAGUCGUUGGCUGUGGAGAUUCGUGUCUGAACCGCAUGCUCCUCAUUGAAUGGUUAAGGAUCUUUCAUCAUCGAUGGACCGUGGGAGGAGAAUUGCGAGUGGGAUUUUUUGCGAAGAAACGGAUCAACGCGGGGGAAGAGAUAACUUUUGAUUAUCAGCUGCAGAAUUACGGUCGUGAAGCGCAAAAGUGCUAUUGCGGCUCUGCGAAUUGCAGAGGAGUCUUGGGGUCUUCGCAAAAGUCCUUCUUUAUGCCGAGGAAGGGCUCGAAAGACAUCGGGUUUUACACCGCGGAUGACGAUGACCUUGAGGAAGAAGUGGACGCCUUGUGCCAGAUUGGCGUGAAGCGUCCUGAAACAGCCCUGCGAGUUGUGCGACUCAUGGUCAGAGCAGAGGACCUGGAUCUCAGACUGUGUCUCUUGCGACUCAUUGACAACACUGAACCAGCGUUGCAGAAGUCUUACGUCGACUAUCAUUGCUUGAACAUUAUUUAUUCUUGGAUGCAAUGUUACACGCCGGAUCCGAACAAAGAGGAUCUUCGCGAGGAAGUCUUGUCUGUGUUGAACGGAUUCAACGUCACGCACAUCAACUACGUCGAGGAAUCCAAGAUUCAGCUAUUGCUAGAGAAAUGGUGCGGUUACUCCAUUGAGCUCAUUGGUCAAGCGGCAGCGGAACUUGCGAAGGAAUCCAAGCAACAAGACUCUGAAGGUUUCGUGGCUGCAGUGGUGACGACGGACGCGAGAACUGCCAAAUUGAAAGCCAUUUUGAAAACGCCCGACGAAGACGAAUUUUUCGGCGAGGAAAAACCUGGCGAGGGCGAGAAGGCGGACAUCAAAGCCAGGCUGGGAUUCAGAUCUGUGCAUUUGCUCAACACGUGGCGGAUGUUGCCUCGGAUGUUCCGUAUUCCGAAAGUGGCCAAGGUUGAACCGAUCCCCGAAAACAUAUCGCCAGUGGGAAGCGCUAGUCCUCAAAUGUUCGGGGCGCCGCCGUCCCAGCCUAUCCAAAAUAAUUUAUCCGCCGACCAAAAGUUCAAAUUUGAACGCUCACGAAGUGGGGAUCAACGUCGUCAACUGCUGGAGGAAGCCUUUCAGAAUCGGAGGAAGCGUCGCGUCGACCACGACGAGGAAUGGGCCAGGAUGUACGCCUUCUACCACGGCCUGGAGCAGGACUACCAACUGGGCAUGGCCCAGAGGAACCAAGAAUCCGUGAAGCAAUUUGUUCUCCCGCAUCCGAGCGGAGAAGGGCAUUUCAUCCCGGACCCGGAAAAGUGCCCGUUUUGCUCCGACUGCGGCAUUUGUCACAUUGUCGUUCCUGUGAUGAAGUAUAAAGACGACGAAGAAUCUGAGGAAGUGCUGGUUCCGGGUGCGAACGAUGCGGAAUUGCAGGCCCUCGAGGAACUCAUCCCUGUGUUCUCGCCACCGAAAGUGGAAGAUUUUGCAGACGUCGAUGUGGAAAGUACUGCAGUGGACGAUAUGGAGCCAGUACCUGAUUUGAGAUCGCCUUUGACCCUUCUGCAGCUAAAAUGGUGGAAAAUGAUGAAGGAUUCUAAUGAAAGAUUUUACUUUUGGAAAGGCCAGCAAGCGGCGAAAUGGAAACCAGCUCUCAAGACGCAUAUGACGGAAGAAAUCCUCGCCGACAUUGAAAAUGCCCACAUGCCUCGAGAGAAGAGCUCGAAACUGGUCCAAGAAAUCCCGGAGCCCAACUACUGGUCAUUGGAGAAUAACCUGAUGGUGGACGGGAAACGAGUCACUGUCGAACUGGGCGUUCAGGCCGACGCGGACUUGGAGUUUGACAUUGAACUGCGAGACGCCGAGGCGCAAAUUGUCGACGCGGAAAUCGACGCUGCUGCUGCUGAAAGAGUGGCUGCCGAAAAACGUCUCGCGAUGAAACGAAAAAUCCCGAGGGACGAGUUUGAGAGGCUGAAGAUGGAGAAGAAAUUUGCUGAGAAACGGGCGAAAAUGAAAGCCAAGGUUCAAGGCAAGUCACAAAAACCGCAUCAGAAGCACGAUCCAAACCAGAAGUACAAACACGAUGCGAAAAUGAAGCUGAAACAUGCUCCGAGCAAGUCAAAAACGAAGUCGGUGGACGCGAAGAAACCUGUUCCCGUGGCGUCAUCAACGUCGCAUCCGGAUCAGCAGCAACAGCAAACCCCGGAUGUUGGGAACCCAGAACAAAGCGACGUUGCGGCUGAGACAGAAGCUGAUUCUUCAGAGGUUACAGCGAUGCAAUCCGACGUUUUCUCUAUGGUGAAUGGGAAUGAAGGCGGAGGAGGAGGUGCGACGAAUGAGCAGAUGAUCCCGGGUUUGGGGUUGUUGUCUGGUUCCGGGGAUGCGGGUUCGCCCAGGGAAGGCGUGACUUCUGACCGGGUUGCUGCUUUCAAACUGCAGAUUCACGAUACAGUGACUCGGUAUCUCAGCAAUAGUCUGACGGAUAUGCGGCCAGAACAGAAGAGGAAACUCAAACCAAAUAUCGACUUCGUGAAAGUCGCCGAUAAAAUUGCACACACAGUCACAGAAAAGGAGAUGAAAAUUCGUGUCAAAGAACGGGACUUGGUCCUCGGUACGAACUUGAAGGCGAAAAUCAAAGGCUUCGUGCGACGUUAUGUGGAAACUGUUCUGCUGAUCAACUCUUCUCAUGCUCGUGCAUAAUGUGAAUUCAUGCACUGACUGGAGUGUUGUUUUACUGUUUAGAAAAAAAAAGAUGGGGGAAACAAAACGAAAAAAAAACUGUUUUUGCUGUUGUUUUGCUAUGGCCCGGGGGAUGAGGAAAGACCGGAAAUAUUGUGUCCAUUUUUUGAGGAACACUUGAAAGUGUAGUUUUUUUUGUUGCUUCUAGCUCGAUUUGAAGGCGGUUUUCAACGCAUGGGACAAAAUCGGGUUUACAGAAAUUGAAACGCCGAAUUUGCGAGUUGAUCCCUUGUGAAAUGAAUUUAUCGGGGAAUGGAGAAACGUAGUUUUUGAAAUGUUUUCUCAUCGAUUUGAAGAAGCUCUGAUGCCGGCUUCUUCUCACUCGGCGUCAGAGAAGAUAAUUAGUUUCGAAGAGCUUUUCCCUUGAAAUCUCGCUUCUUUUCCAUGACGUCUACAUUUAUAUUUAUUUUGUCUGAUUUUAAAGAUUUCUGGAAAACCCGUUGUUCGUUGUGUGAAACCGCCAUUUACGCAUGACGACGUUUUCUUGCAGCAUCCGUCCAAAGCAAUUUUUAUGCAACGUAUUUACCCCAGACAUACAUUUUUCUGUUAAGUACGCUGAAAUUUUAUAAAAUAAGGAAUGUUCUACUGGGUGAAAUGGGAAUUUUGGUUCCGUUUUCAAAUUCUAUGAGCGUAAGAAUUACUUUCUUGCGUAUUUUUCAAAAGUAGCUUAAAUCAUAUAUUUGCUGAAGGAAAAUUUCAUUAUAGAUGAGCCACUAAUCGAGAAUAAAAUUCCUUAUCAUUGACUGGAUUUUUUAAUAUUAGCGCCGUCUGAAACUUACUGAUGCUUAUUUUAUCAGUGUGUAUUAUUUUUCGGAUAGCACGUGUAAUUUUUUUGAACGUCUAAUUUCAUAC